GUUAUUUUUGGGAUAACUCCUCCAGCGUCAAUACUAUUACCAAGUGGAAGCAGGUGUCUGCUACACCCGACGAGAGGUUGCUGUGUCUGACGAACAACAACAUCUGUGCUCUGGGACACCUACGGAGCAGCUAGGACACAAUGAGCUCGUCGGCUAAUGCAAAACGCAUCAUUCUCGACGUUGCGCUUUUCGUCGCUUCUCAGGCUGCCGUCUUCUACGCCAUACGAUGGCUAAUGGACCGACAUCCUGCGGACAAAGAUGCGGAGAAACGCCGCACAGAGGUGAUGAAGAAACUUGGCCAUCACAACCUUAAAUUAGAUGAUUACGAACGCACUAUUGCCUUAGAAGUCGUGCACCCUGACCACAUCGUCAUUGGCUUUGAAGACAUCGGUGGUCUUGAUUCCAUCAUCUCCUCGCUUCGCGAAUCAAUAAUUUAUCCCCUUCUCUACCCAACUCUAUUCACUUCCACAUCUUCCUUGCUGGGUGCUCCUAAAGGUGUCUUGCUUUAUGGCCCACCCGGAUGCGGCAAGACAAUGUUGGCACGCGCGCUCGCCAAAGAAUCCGGAGCAACGUUCAUCAAUGUCGCUGCCUCGGUACUGACAAAUAAAUGGUUUGGCGAGUCAAACAAACUCGUCGCAGCGCUCUUCAGCCUCGCACGAAAAGUUCAGCCAGCCAUCAUCUUUGUUGAUGAGAUAGAUACUUUCCUCCGCGAGAGGCGGUCCGACGACCACGAGGUUAUGGGAAUGAUGAAGGCAGAGUUUAUGACCUCGUGGGAUGGGUUGCUAUCCGGCUCGGAUAGGAUCCUUGUGCUAGGCGCAACAAAUCGCCCUAUGGAUAUUGACCCUGCUAUCUUGCGUCGCAUGCCCAAACGUUUUGCUAUUGGGCUUCCUGACACGGAGCAACGUUUCAAAAUAUUGUCCCUUAUGCUGAAAGGUACGAGACUGGACCCCUCGUUUUCGAUGCGAGCUCUUGCUGCACAAACGACUGGAUUCUCUGGAUCGGACCUUCGCGAGCUUUGCCGCAACGCAGCUAUGGUGCCCAUACGGCACUGCAUGCGGACGAUGGCGUUCGACGGGGAGACGAUGAAGAAGAUAGAAAUGGAAGGGUUUAACAUGCGACCGUUGACGAUGAAUGAUUUCUACGAAGCGGAGGGAUCAACAUUGUCUUUCCCGGACCCAGAUGACGAACCACUGCCGAACGGGAUAACAGGACCUCUGGAGCUGCGAACCGAGGAGAUCAUGAGAGGGAACGUAAAUGGCCAGCAAACACCCCCUACAUAGAUUGCAAUGGAUGGCUGGCGUGACUUGGAGGCUGACGCUUGGAAACAGGCUUGUAUCUUGAGUGGUAAUACCGUAUUGUAUUAUGGCGUUUUAAUGGUGUUAAACGCUUCUAUCGACAUUCACUACUCCUCUUCUUGUGUACAGACUGAGAACAUGGAAUGAAUCAACAAUGUUAAUGAGGGUUCGCCGAUCUUCG